UCGCCGGCUGUGGGCGCUCCCAGCUGCCCGAGCGCCGAGCCCGCAGGCCUUGGGGGCCCCGGACGGUAGUGGCGGGAUGGGCGUUCGGCCCGGAGCCCGCUUCCGCCCUGACUCGGGGCUGCUCGUUAGUCCCUCCAGCGCAGCCUCUCUCCCUGCCUGUACGUUUUCUCCUCCGGCUGGACUCUCGAUCGUGCGUGGCUUCAGCUGCCAUCCACAGACCUUCUGUCUCCGGGCUGGACGACUCCAGCGGGGCCCAGACACAUCUACCCCGCUGCCUAAUCAGCACCAAACCGAAAACCAAACCCGUUGCUGUCCAGUCGAUGCCGACUCAUAGCGACGCGAUAGACAGAGUGGAACUGCCCUGUAUGGCGUCCAGGGAGUGGCGGGUGGAUUCCAACCGCUGACCUUUUAGUUAGCAGCUGAGCUCUUUAAUCACUGGGCCACCAGGGCACCAGUUAGUACCAAAGACACCUAAAAUCCGCUUUCACUGUCCCCCAUCAGAUGGUUCUCCAGUGAUUCUCUCAGGAAGGCGAUUGGAUAAAUCGGUGCUCCCCAGCACCUGCCUCUUGCAAGGCAGCCUGCAGUUCUAGCCGUCCUGGUACCACUUCCCAUGGAUGUGCCCCAGGUGUUGCAGGAGCUGGUGACCUUCAAGGACGUCGCUGUGUACUUCUCCAGGGAAGAGUGGGCAUGUCUGGACCCCACCCAGAGGGCGCUCUAUCGGGACGUGAUGCUGGAGAACUUCCGGACCCUGGUGGCGCUGGGGCUCCGUGGGCCGCGGCCACGGCUCAUCCUGUACCUGGAGCAGUGGGUGGGGCCGUGGACCAACAAGUGGGAGAGACCUGAGCAUCCAGCCUGGCAGAGGGGUCCCAGCCCAGAGUCUCUAAGAAGUGAGAUCGAGCAGCUGUGUGAAAACAAAACAAAUUGGGAAGACCCUGAGUCCUGUGGAACCCCAGGAUGGGGAGGACUGCGGGUCCCAGGUUUGAGGGAAGCUUGUGGCCUAGAAGGGACUGGGCGACUCUCUCAGCAGGAAAGACGCUGCGGCCGGCCAUCGUCCACACACGGGAGCGUCCCCUCAUGGGAAGGAGCCAGGGAGGCAGUUGGGUUCCGGACAGACUUUGUUCUGAAUUCAGGUCGUGGGCAGCUUCCUGGAGCCGCCUCAGCGCGAGGGGCCGGCAGGUGCCCAGGCCUGCAGCGUCCGGCGUGCGGGCGGCGGCGUGGCUGCCGUGCGGGCGAGCAUGCGUUUAUCUGCGGCACAUGCGGGAAGGCCCUGAGCAGCCACAGCCGGCUCAUCACCCACGAGACCGUGCACACAGGUGCCAAGUCCCUUGAGUGCUUCCAGUGCGGCCGGGCCUUCCGCUGGGUCUCCAACCUCCUGCGGCACCAGCGCAACCACACGCGCGAGAAGCCCUUCCGCUGUGAGCAGUGUGGCCAGGCCUUCAGCCUGAAGGACCGGCUUACGCAGCACCGCAAGGUGCACUCGGAGCACAGGCCCCACUGCUGCACUGUCUGCGGGAAGGCCUUCAAGCAGCGGUCGAACCUGCUGCGGCACCAGCUGGCACACACCGGGGAGCGGCCCUUCCGCUGCGGUGACUGCGGCAAGGCCUUCCGCACCAAGGAGAACCUCAGGCACCACCUCAGGGUCCACAGCGGCGAGAAGCCCUACACCUGCCCCGACUGCGGCAAGGCCUACCGCUGGCCCAAGGGCUUCAGCAUCCACCAGCGGCUGCACCGCUCGCAGCGCUCCUACACCUGCGACCUCUGCGGGAAGGGCUUCCGCCACCUCGGCUUCUUCAUGCGGCACCAGAGGACCCACAGGCGGGGGGACGUGUAGACGCCUGCUGGGCCAGCCCCAUGGGCUCGGGGCUCACGGACGGGCUUUAGGCCUUUGGGACAGCGUGGUUUGUGGAUGCCUUUGGCUAAUGCUGCCCAGAGAGAUGCCUUUUCAGACCUUGUGGCACAGGAAAAUGGUCAUGCGGGAGGAACGGGUUGUGAGCACCCAGUGGGGUGGCUGCUGCUGCCUCUCGGUCCUCAGGUGCCCCGGAAAGACACCACCAUGGUGCGCUGAGGGUGUGUGCAACCACAGAAGCCCAUUGUGGUUAGGUGCCAGGAAGCUGCUGUGCGUCUGUGCCUCCUCCACACAGUCCUGAUGCAGUCUGGCCUCCCCGUGGCCGCCUUGUCCACGACCCCCCGGGUCUGAGCGCCAUCCUCCGAACCCCCUACCCUCACACCAUGCGUUCUCUAUCCAUUUUUCUCUUCUCUUCUACUGAAUUUGUCAUCUAGUGCUGCUAUAACAGAAAUACCACAAGUGGAUGGCUUCAACAAACAGAAUUUUAUUUUCUCACCGUCUAGGAGGCUGGAAGUCCAAAUUCAGGGCGUCAGCUCCAGGAGAAAGCUUUUUCUCUCUGUCAGCUCUGGAGGAAGGUCCUUGUCUUCAGUCUUCCCCUGGACUAGGAGAUUCUCAGGCACAGGGACCCUGGGUCCAAAGGACACACUCUGCUCCCAGUGUUGCUUUCUUGGUGGUGUGAGACCCCCAUGUCUCUCUGCUUGCCUCUCUCUUACAUCUCAGAAGAGAUUGGCUUACGGCACAAUCUGAUUUGUAGAUUCUGCUGCCUCAUUAACACGACUGCCCCUACUCCCGCCUCAUUAACAUCACAGAGGUAGGAUUUACAACGUAGGAUAGUCACAUCAGAUGACAACAUGGUGGACAGUCACAACACUGGGAAUCAUGGCCUAGCCAAGUUCAUUCUGGGAGACAGUUCAAUCCACGGCACCCAUCUUCCCCCUUAUUUAGGCAUCUUAGACAAGGUAGCUCAUUUUUGCACAGAAAGUUAAGUCCCUCACAGGCCCUCCACCUGUUGGGUCUUAGAAGCGAGCACUUCUGCCAUCAUGAGCUCCACCUGAGCGGAGACGAGUGAAGGCACACAGAAGGCAUCCUUGUAGCCAUACUCAGCCAGAGGUGGUGCUCUGCUCAGCCAGGGAUGGUGUGGGAGUAGCUCACAAACCUCAGUGCUGACAGGACCAUGUGUCGGCCCACAUUCUUGCAGCACUGCAAGUCUGGCUGGAUUUCUGAAACUUAAGUCGACUCUAGGGUGCUAGACCUUUGAUGAGACAGCACUGGGACUUGUUCUGGUUCAUCUUACUGAUACAUGGAAAUUGGGAAGGCCUUCUCCCAGGGUCCUGUGAUCGGACCCUGGCAAGUCCACAGACAGGAGUUUGUUAGGGGUAGCCUUGAGAAUCCUUCAGACUCUUGGUGCCCUGUAGCUUGCUGUGUCAGGUCACCUGGCCAGGAGAAUAGGUGAUGUCGCGGAUGUCUGCCAUCGUGACUGCUGUCUGACCCCUGGCUCAGCAGCAGGGAUGUUUGGGUAAGGAGUGAGGCCAGAGGCCCUGGUAGGGCCCAUAGGAGUGGGCGAUUCCUACCAACCUUGAGCCUUCAGCAUGGAGACAGUGCCCAGCCUGCGGCAGCUCUCUUCCACACUGCCCUGGGGGAGCGGGGGGCUCCUGUCCUCUGGAAAACAGGAGCCCCACGUAACCACAAAGUGCUGUGGGUUUGUGGUGGUUGUGGGCUGAGGACCUGGUCAGGUAGGGCAAGGCAGCCGCUGACAGAAAUGGGAGAGCCGAGCCUUCUACACACACACAGUGGCUGUCACUCAAGUUGUGGGGUAACCAAGCCAAAACAUUUGGUGUUUGGAGCAGUGGGGGAUGGUUGCGUUUGCUGUGGGAGGUUUAUGAGGAAGAAGCAAUCUCUUUGUCCUGAACUGUCCAGAAGUAAAAGCCAGGUGGUGCUCACAAGGGCACAGCCUGGACUCUGAGAACCAAGGAGAGGCUAAAUGCAGGUCCUUCCUGUCCUUUGUGAGCUGUGUCUUGGGUUACCCAGGUGUUUGGUGAAGGAAGAAAAAAUUUAAGAAUUCCAGUGAACAAAUGGAGAUGGAAUGAUAGAGUUGGAAAUGAAUUUACAGGGAAUGGGGGAAGAUAAAAAAACGCCAAGAGCCAAGUCCAGCCAGGUGGGGCUACUGGGCCAGUGGCUCCUUUCCCCAGAAUUGUUGGCAUGGAAGUGGGGGUGGGUUGUGGUAGAGCAGAGGAGACAGGCACCAGGCCCCGGUGUGGGGGUGACCCUGGUCUGUAAACCAGCUGUAAUGACAUUUCUGAGACAAUCAUGGGAGUUGGAAUGUGGACUGAGUGUUAGAUGGGAUUAAGGAAUUAUUGUUAAUUUUUGUGGUAACGAUGUGGUUAUGGUUUUAUAAAGUCCUUAUUAAGAACAAUACUGACAUCUUUGUGGGCAAAACGACAUGAUGUUUGGGAUUUGCGUUAAAAUUCUAAUAAAAAGGAGAAAGAAAACAACGAGUCAUUGUUGAGGCUAGGUGAUGGCUACGCACCAACCAUUUCAGGAGGUAGCAUAUGAUCAGGAACCGACGGUGUCUUUUUCAUCUAGUGCUGCUAUGACAAAAGUACCACAAGUGGAUGGUUUUAACAAAGAGAAGUUUAUUUCCUCACAGUGAAGUAGGCUGGAAGCCACAUCCAGGGCGUCAGCUCCAGGGGAAGCCUUUCUGUUUCUGUCGGCUCUGGAAGAAGGUCCUUGUCCUCAAUCUCGCCCUGGUCGAGCAGCUUCUGAGGCUCAGGGACCCCAGGUCCAAAGGACACGCUCUGCUCCUGGUGCUGCUUUCCUGGUGGUAUGAGGUCCUCAACUCUCUGCUUCUCUGUCCUUUUAUCUCUUGAGAUAAAAGGUGGUGCGGGCCACACCCCAGGGAAACUCCCUUUACCUGGGAUCAGGGAUCUGACCUGGGUAAGGGGGUGUUACAAUCCCACCUUAAUCAUUUUAACAUAAAAUUACAAUCACAAAAUGGAGAACAACCACAAAAUACUGGGAAUCAUGGCCUAACCAAGUUGAUACAUUUUUGGGGGGAUUUAAUUCAAUCCAUGACAGAUGGUAUUGAAGGAAGAGGGCUAAACUGUACUGAAGGCAUUGGCAAAAAACAAGGCUCUGGGAAUUGAUGGAAUAUCAAUUGAGAUACUUCAACUAAUGGAUGCAAUGCUGGAAGUGCUCACUCAUCUAUGCCAAGAUAUUUGGAAGACAGCCGCCUGGCCAACCAACUGAAGAGAUCCAUAUUCAUGCUCAUUCCAAAGAAAGGUGAUCCAAUAGAAUGCGGAAAUCAUCUAACAAUAUCAAUACCACACACAAGUAAAAUUUUGCCAAGAUAAUUCAAAAACAGUUGGAGCAAUACAUUGACAGGGAACUGCCCGAAAUACAAGCUAGAUUCAGAGGAGGACAGAACAAGGGAUAUCAUUGCUGAUGUCAGGUGGAUCUUGGCUGAAAGCAGAAAAUACUAGGAAGAUGUUUACCUGUGUUUUAUUGACUAUGCAAAGCCAUUUGGCUGUGUGGAUAAUAAAUUAUGGAUAACAUUGCGAAGAAUGGGAAUUUCAGAACAAUUGUGCUUAUAGAGACUCCGUAUAUAGACAAAUAGGUAGUCGUUCAAACAGAACAAGGGGAUACUGCAUGGUUUAAAAUCAGGAAAGGUGUGUGUCAGGAUUCUAUCCUUUCACCAUACUCAAUCUGUAUGCUGAGCAAAUAAUCUGAGAAGCUGGACUAUAUGAAGAAGAAGGGGACAUCAGGAUUGGAGGAAGAUUGAUUAACAACCUGCAUUAUGCAGAUGACACAACCUUGCUUGCUGAAAGUGAGGAAGACUUGAAGCACUUACUGAUGAAGAUCAAAGACUACUGCCUUCAGUAUGGAUUACAUACACCUCAACAUAAACGAAAGUCCUCACAACUGAACCAAUAAGCAACAUGAUAAAUGGAGAAAGAUUGAAGUUGUCAAGGAUUUCGUUUUACUUGGUUCCACAAUCAACGCCCAUGGAAGCAGCAGUCAGGAAAUCAAAUGAUGUAUCACACGGGGCAAAUAUCCUGCAAAAGACCUCUUUAAAGUGUUAAAAAGCAAAGGUGUCACUCUGAGGACUAAGGUGCACUUGACCCAAACCGUGGUGUUUUCAGUUGCUUCAUAUGGAUGUGAAACUGGACAAUGAAUAAGGAAGACCAAAGAAGAAUUGAUUGAUGCCUGUGAGUUACAGUGUUGGUGAAGAAUAUCGAAAAUGUCAUGGACUGCCAGAAGAAUAAACAAAUCUGUCUUGGAAGAAGUACAGCCAGAACGGUCCUUAGAAGGGCAGAUGGCGAGACUUCGUCUCAUGUACUUUGGACGUGUUAUUAGGAGGGACCAGUUCCUGGAGGACAUCGUGCUUGGUAAAGUAGAGGGCCACUCGGAAAUGUAGGUGUUAGGAGGAGGAUUGACACAGUGGCUGCAACAACUGGGUCACUAUGAGUUGGAACUGAUUUGAUGGCACCUGACAACAACAAUAACCGUUUAAAAAUCAUUUAAAUGAGAUAAUUAAAAAGGAAGGCUGCAAGGCAAGGAGAAUAAAUCAGUACCACAUUGUCACGGUCGACCAGAUACCUGAACACAUGAUGUCUGCAGAUGAGAAAGCCUUGGUCUGGCUGGUUUCCUGUUGCCGAGACGCAGACGAGCACAUGUCUGCGGAGAGGCCAUUCAGUCAGCUACUCCCUGGAGCCAAAGAUGAGGUAUCUCAGCACAAAACAAGUCUUAAUACAUUUGAAAAGACUGAAAUCAUACAAAGUAUCUGUUCCGACCACAAUCGAUAAUGGGAAGAAAACUGUACAGUUCAGAAAUAUCUCAUUUAAUUAAACAAUACCCUGUGUAGCAGGAGCUGCCGGGGAGUGUGUGGAAGGAAUUGAGGACUAUUGUCCAUCCAAGCUGUGGAACACACAUGCAGGCAUGUCCCCAGUGGUCAGUGUGCAGGUGAAUGACUGCCCUCCAAAACAUCGUCUAAUUUGUGGCUUAGAAAGUCCAGGCAGGCACAGAGUGAACCCGACUAUGAAGCGCGGAGUUAAUGAAUAAUCACACAUCCACAUUGGCUGAUCAGUUGUAUCAAAUGCUCCACAGGGAUGCAAGACGUCAGUAAUAGGAAACUGGCUGGGGGGCCACAUGGGAGCUCUGUCCUGUCUGCAUAAUUUCUCUGUAACCUCUGUAACCUAAAACUGCUCUAAAAACCAAA